AUGUCACCUUCGGUCGAUUUAGCAGACAGGACCGACAGACCUGCCAGCGAGGCGAUACCAUCGCGGAAAUUUGGCGAGAGGCAAGUUCCUUCACUAGAGGUGCUGAAGGAGCUCACCGCCCGAAACCCAGUUUCAUAUCCGCUGUCCACAGAAGUCAUCAAGAAGAUUCCUGUGUACGACCUAGCAAAAUAUGACAUUGAUGAGGGAGCUGUGUACGAUCUGACAAAACAUGACAUCGAGGACGAACCUAUGGAGGAUCUUUCCGAGCGCUUGAUGGAUGAGUGGCACCACAUCAUUCUGUCUGGCCCCGGAGUAUACAUACUCAGGAACUUUGUUCGUAACCCCAGCCUCAUCAGAAAGGUGAACAAGGUCUUCGACAGGAUCAUCGACGCCGAGCGGGAGGCCUCCAAGGGCGAUCAUUUCGCAGCGAAAGGGCAUAACAGCCGAAUCUGGAACUCGUUCCAGAAGCAUGCCGAACAAGACCCUGAAUCGUUCGUGCAAUACUAUUCCAAUCCUUGGUUGGCAAAGGUUUGUAAAUCAUGGCUCGGCCCGAUGUACCAAGUGACAGCACAAGUCAACAUUGUCCACCCGGGAUGCACGCCUCAAACCGUGCACCGAGACUAUCAUCUUGGAUUUCAGAACGAUACGUGUAGUCGAGCUUUCCCAAAGACAAUGCAUAUUGCUAGUCAGCAUCUCACCCUGCAAGGAGCAAUCGCGCACUCGAAUAUGCCAUCAGAGAGCGGCCCCACUCGCUUUCUACCAUUCUCUCAGGUGCUCGAGGAUGGCUUCCUUGCAUACCGUCAGCGCGACUUCGCCACAUAUUUUGACGAGAAUUGGGUGUCAGCACCUCUCUUGGAGGGCGAUGCUGUCUUCUUCAAUCCCCUCUUGUUUCACGCAGCCGGCAAGAAUGACACCACAGAUAUACAGCGAAGUGCCAACCUCCUUCAGAUCAGCUCAGCAUUUGGUCGGACGAUGGAAUCGAUCGAUACAGUGGGCAUCAUUAAGAAGACACUACCAUAUAUCAUCAAGAUGCAUCGGGAUGAGGACGGAGACUUCGAACUCAGUCCAGAAGUUGCGGCAGUAGUCCACGCAGUCGCUGCGGGCUACGCUUUCCCAACAAACCUCGAUCGGCGACUUCCUCAAGAGCACAGUCGGACACCAGAGAGCGAACAGGAGCUACUUUGGAAAGCUAUAGGUGCAGGAUGGAGUGAAGAUCGCAUCAUGUCGCAGCUACGGCAAAUGAAACGCGAGUCAAGCUCACUGACAAAACUCAACUAA